AUGUCACGCUUUCAGGACACAAGCAGUGCCCCGGCCCGUCUUGGAACGAUCAAGUUCCGUUCUGUGGCUGGCAGCGGUGCCUACGAAGCCAGCAGAGGGCCUGGUCGAGUUCGGUUUGAGGAGCCUACGAGGAAAAUCACGCGCUCCUUUCAAGGAGAUGUGGAGGAGUUCAAGACGCAGAUCGAGAGAGCGCUAACCGGGCAAGAAGGCCGCGUCGACAUGGAUUACGAGAAGGAAACUGUGACCUGGUCCAGCCCGAAAGGCGCCAGAAUCGUGUUCAGGCAGGCAGAUCACAAAGUCGAGAUCACAGCAAAGGAGGGCCUGUGCAGAGUCUACCUGAAUUCCUGCCACUUCCUGUCAGCGGCAAGCCAAGGCCUCCCAGCGGCAAUCCGCGCAGGGAGCCAUGGACUUCAGCCCACAGCCAUCCCGCCACGCGCCGGUAUCAACGUCUUCGCUGGGCGAUCGCCUGCGAAGAGCGACAAGCCCGACAAGCCGAAGGUCCCAUACUAUUGCGAGGUCAUCUCCGCAGACUUCCUGCCUGAGACACAAGAUGAGCUCCAGCUGCACGUGGGCGACAUCAUCGAGGUGCUAGAGGAUGAUGGUGAGAAUGAUGGUGAGAAUGUCGCCGACAGAUGGGUUUGUGGCAGGAGCCGGAAGACGCGAUUGACGGGGUGGUUCCCGUUGAGUUUCACGCAACGAGUGGAUGCAGACAAGAUAGACAAGGACGGAGAUUCCUUCAGCGAAGCCCAUUCAGAAGGUCGAUGUCUGGGAGGCGAGCCGGCCCUGGCCACGUGCGACCCGAUGGAGUGGUUUCAGGAUUGUUCUGGAGGCCUGCUGGUGGGGCUGGGCAGCGGCCUCGUGGCGGUGCUUCGCCACGAGGUUCUCAUGGUGAUGACCGCGAGCGUGGCUGAGACACACGCCCCGGAGCUUCAUGUCCUGGCAAGUGGGGCGAUCCCGUUACCAACAGGCGCAGUGAUUCUGGGUCCUAUCUUGGAUCUUCGCCCGCACAAGAUUCGCUUUGAGGAGCCCGUGCUGCUGAUCUUUCCGGUCUGUUUGGGAGCGACAAAGGCCUGGCGCUCUUCGGAGGAGGGGAGCUGGGAGGAACUCGGACUCGCCGAUGCGCAGUUCAGGGCCGGGCACGCGGUCCUCCGUUUGGACCACUUCUGUCACGUAGCUGUGGGGACCGAUGGGCAACCAGAGGCGCCUCUCAAGAUCUCAUGCUUCAUGAACGACAGCUUCCAUGCCAAGUGGGCCGUAACACACGCUGGAUGCUCCAGGUGCAAGAGCAUUAUGCAUGCUGCCUUCCAGGAUGAAGAUAUCUUGGAGGAUUACAAGCUCUGUGAGGAACCUUUCUGGGCAGGUGUUUAUGAGCACAUGGAGUCGCUGGACCUGGUGUGGCAGAACGCGCCACAACACCUGCAUCCUGCUCCUGGAAGUGUCAACUUUCAGCGAUUUCCGUUGGUCUCCCCGAAGAAGUGGACGGCGCCGGGGCAUGAGGUGGACUUGUUCGUUCAAGACCAGAGGGAGGUUCGCCACUGCAGAUUCCGUUCGCCGGAUGCGCCGAAGCCACUGGACGAGCAAGCUGGGGAAGUGUACAUCCAAGCCGCUGUGCCAUGCCAAGUCGAGGUGUGUGAGAGCAGCGAGGGUUCUGGGUCCUCCGCGAGCAGCUCCCAGCCUCGUGUGCUCGAAGGCAGGGGAUGCCACCGUGGGAUUGGGGAUGUGCCGCGCUCGACACUCGAGCUGACGGAGAGAGCUCAGAAGCACACGGACAAGCGUCGCCAGUGCCGAGCGCGCACCCUCACCAUCCGCGCUCCGCAAGCGGACAGAGCGGAUGGUGUUUUCGUCCGCCGGUACAAGGUGCCCGCUGGGGAGGGGGCGACGGAGUCCACUCCACCUGAAUCUUCACAGGAUUCUGGGCAGCGGCUGGCAUUCUUCAGCCUGCGCUUUGACAAGGGCCCGGUGGAGCAGACUGCCCGGAACGUGUGCAGCAUACUGAGAGGGCGUGGCUAUGAGGUCUGCAUCGUGGAGGGCAAUCCAGAAGACUUUGGGAAGAUCGUCGACCGGUAUCUUCUCAGGAUCUUGAAGGUGAAGGGGGUGUUUGUGGCGUUUUGCACGGAAGACUACGGCGAGUGCACCGGCAACCCGUGGGCAACAUACGAAGAGCUCCGAUAUGCUCAUGCCAACGGGAUCGAGAUCAUGCCGCUCAAGAUGUCGGAGGUGUAUCCCCCGCAACCCAAGCAUGAGGAUGCGGAGGCUCUCGUCAGAAAGGUGCUGCACAUGGGCCUUACUUAUGCAGGUUGUGUUGGUGUGUCCGACGAGAAGAUUGCCGACAAAGUUGCGAAGAGGCUGCGGACACCGCGACCGCCUUGA